AUGGCAUGGAAUAAGGGAGGAGGAUACUAUCUCGAUGUUGGAGCUUCCCAAAUGAUCAUCGACGGGAAGAUUAAGCUUAAGAAUGGUUAUACUCUUGAUGUGGACGUAGUGGUCUUCGCUACUGGUUACACUGAUGCACGUCAUGCCUAUCAUGCUCUGCUUCCAGAGUCACUGCAUGAUAAAUUGUAUCCUAUCUGGGGCCUUGACAAAGAAGGAGAGCUCAAUAGUGUCUGGCGCGAAGUUGGUGGGCACAGCAAGAACACGGAACUCAAUGGCAUAUGCAACAGAAUUGGAUCAAGUCCCCUAGAGCACCAUCCCAAUGCUGCCAUGUUCCCAAUGCCCACUUACCCUUUGCAAGAUCUCCUCAUCUUCUUCCCUCCUCCUACCCUUAGCUCCAGCCCAUCAUCUGCAAGCUUUGGUCAAACCCGGUUCGAACGUGAACUGGACCUCCUGAACGCAUUCAGUGACAUUUGGUCCAGGGUUCGACCAAACAGCUAA